GUGCCAGGACUUGAGGAGAGAAGCGCUCACACGCACUACUCACGGCGCCUGCUCUGGUCCGCUCCUUCGACAGUGCGCAGCCUAUAAUUCAGUACAGACAAGAGACACCCUCGACCAGUUCCCGGACUCUACCCUAGGCUACUGCUGAGGCCGUUCUAACAGGACAUGCCUCGAAGAGCGGAACAUGGGACCAACGAAUCCAAUUUAUUGCAAAGGAAAAGGUUGACAUCACACGUGAGUCAUUUGGAGAGGCAGAGGUGUAUAAACAAACGGAGCAGAUAAAGAUGAACAUUACCAUGCCCUGUCUCCAUCGCCACCACCACAUUCGUUUAGCUUCACAUUUCAUUUUCUGCACAGACGCAGAAUAGGUGGAAUUAUUGAUUAAAAGGGAAGAGGAUUCCAAUGUGGACGGGAGAGGAGACACUCGUGACAAUGAGAGUCACAUCAAUUUAGGAGCGGCCCUUCAGAAGAUAGCCGUUUAUAUGUGAAGGACAGAAAUGAAGUCGUCUCCAGGAUAGCGCUGUGAGGGAGUGCAUCCGAUCGGAGUUUGCUGGCGAUCUGCGGGACUGCUGCUCCCCGUAUUUGCGGCCAUGCUGCGGGAAGCAUCCUCCGAGCUCUUCACCGACUUGAGGGGCUUUUACCAGCCGAUUGUUAUAACAGUGAAUUCGUUAAAAUGAUUUCGUUGUCUUGAAGACGGCUAUUCCCGAGGCUUUUUUGCAAUAUUUGUUUCAUCGUUUGCUAAAGAACUCUGCGCAGAGAGAGCUGAUCAUAUUUCACAUAGCUCUGACAUUUGUAUCCUAACAAAAUUCUGUGGAAAACAUGUCAUUAUUUCUAGACUAUGUUCCGUGAAUUGCGGAACAAAAGUUUUUGGUUGUGUCCCGGGUUGGGUAGUGUAGGCCUAUGGGGUUAAGUGUUUCUCUGUUUGUGUUUAAAGUCGGCACGCAUAGCAGUCAAUUCGCUCAAGCUUAUUAUGUGAGUUAGGCAUUGUAUUACAAUCUGAAUGAAUGUGUUGGAUGUAGGUUCCCCUACUGGUAUUGCACUCUAACAGCUGGGUACUAUUCACGAGGGGACAGGUGUGUUGUCCAGAGAGUCAGGUGGAGAACGAACCCAGAGGUCCUAUCCACUUUAAGCCCUUUAUGGGGGGGGGGGGUUUAAUGUUUAGUGCAAAAACAAAUAUUUUUAUGCAAGUCAGCCUUGCAUGACUGCCUUGGGGAGCAAGUCAUUUCUCACAGCAGAUUCUGACAUCCGAACAUGGGCACCAAACAGACCAAAGGUGCCGGGUGCCAAGAGGCUGGGCCCAGCCCACAGCACGGGUGGAAACGGACCCCUACCAAGGAGAGGGGUGACAUCUUCACCUCCUUCAUGUUGAGGUCAGGGGACCGGCUGAGUCGUGGAGGGUCCCCUCCGCCCUACCAGCGCCGGAUAAGCAUGAUCCAGGAGAUGAUGCUGAUGGCCAAGCAAGGCAAACAGGACAAGGCCACAGAGAUGCUGCAGACACUCCGGCAGGACUUGGGGAUGGAGUCCACGUCUCUGGAUGAUGUGCUGUACCGUUACGCCAGCUUCAGGAACCUGGUGGACCCCAUCACCCACGACCUCGUCAUCAGCCUGGCCAGAUACAUCCAGUGCCCCCCCAAGACAGGCCCGGGGGAGGAUUCUCUGGGUGCCAUGGAGAAGGUGUGUCGCCAGCUGACCUAUCACCUGAGCCCACACUCACAGUGGAGACGGCAGGGCAUACUGAAGAGGAAGCCGCUGGCAUGUCUCAAGGUCAUGCUGUCAACCCCUCCCCCUAACGGGACGCUGGACCUUUCGGGCAUCCCCCUGACGGUGCGUGACAUGGAGCGCCUGUGUGCCUACCUGCAGCGCCACGCGCCCAUCAUCUGCAGCCUGGAGCUGGGCUUCACCGAGCUCACCGACGAUGCCUUCCUCCUCCUCCUGCCCACGCUGGCCGCCCUGCCCCGCCUGGAGACCCUGGCCCUCAACGGCAACCGGCUGACCCGUGCCGUCCUCAAGGAGCUGACGGACAGCCUGAAGGACCCGGCCAGCUUCCCCAGUGUCACGUGGAUCGACCUGGGCAACAACGUGGACAUCUUCUCCCUGCCCCAACCUUUCCUGGUGAGUCUGAGGAAGCGCUGCCCCAAGCAGGGCAACCUGCCCACCAUCCUGGAGUUUGGUGAGAGCCAGGCCAGCGAGCCCGAGGGGAGGAUGGGGGAUGAUGACGAUGACAGGGAUGACACCAACAGGACAGUGAGCAUGGAUGAACUGAGGUCGGAGGUGGAGGGAGAGACGGAGAUUGAGGAGAUGAUGGAAGAGUUGUUGGACUUUGACCUGGAGGUGCAGGGGAAGGAGAAUGAGAUAGAGGACAGCAUGUGGACAAUGGAGGAGCAGAGGAGGGAGGGAAAGAGGAAGGAGGAGACACGGGGACAGGGAAUUAGGAAGAUGGUGGAGAGGGCGGAGCUCGAGGAGGAAGACACACAGAGUGAGUCCUCCCACUUGUCGUGCUCCAGCCAAUCACAGCAUUCCUCAGGAGCGGUUGAGGAGAGGAUGGAUGGAGAGGAGGGGACUGAUCACUUAGACCACCUGACCUGAGCAAGAACCCCGGUCCACUCUGCUUGGAACUUCCCCUCCCACGUUUUGUCUAGAAGGAGAAGAGAGCAGUACCAGCAAACAGUGAACGUUGCUAUAACGUUAGAUAACGUCAUUGGAACGCAUUGGUAACCGGAACUUGUUUUCUGGGUUGGACAUCUGGGGGAGGGACUCUGUCAUCUCAACCUACUGGAAUGGAUCCGGAAUAACCAACUGAUCUGGGUGGACUGUUCGUCCACCGAUGUACAGUUUAGGGAGAUGACAAUCCAGGUUGAAAGAGGAGGAGGUUUGUGAUAACUCUUAUUGUUGUUUCAUUAUGAAUUAGGAUUACAAUCCUCUGUAGUAAAGAGUAAUAGACAUAUUAUAUAUCAAAUGUAGAAAAUAUUGACCUUUUCUAAUGUACAUGUGGCUAUGUCAUAUCUGGCACGUAUGAGAUGUUUCAUUCAGGUUUUACUCCCUGCUCAUCCUGUCCUAUAGAUGGAUGAAUGCCUAUGUGCCUGUCACUUGUUCCCCUCUUGGUGGAGAGACUGUGUAUGUCAGAGAGAGAGACAGACAGACGACUGAUGGAUGGACGGACAGACAGACGGGUAGGUAGAAAGGCAGAAGAAGAGUGGUAGACACGGACUGCUUUGGUGUGUGAACAAGAUUACAUCUUUCUCUCUGAUACUACAGUAUGUCUGUCUGUGUAUCUCUCUGACCAGCGCUCUCUUCACCAAUCCUAACUACCCAUUAUUUUUUUAUGCAUAUGCAUGCUCCAGUGUGUUGAUUUUUUUGAAUAUGAAAGGAAAACGGUGACAGGAGAUAUUGUGACAGGAGAUAUUGUGACAGGAGAUAUUGUGACAGGAGCUACGGUAACAGGAGCUACGGUGACAUGAGCUACGGUAACAGGAGCUACGGUAACAGGAGAUAUGGUGACAGGAGCUACGGUAACAGGAGAUACGGUGACAGGAGAUAUUGUGACAGGAGCUACGGUAACAGGAGCUACGGUGACAGGAGCUACGGUGACAGGAGCUACGGUGACAGGAGCUACGGUGACAGGAGAUAUGGUGACAGGAGAUAUGGUGACAGGAGAUAUGGUGACAGGAGCUACUGUAACAGGAGAUAUGGUGACAGGAGAUAUGGUGACAGGAGCUACGGUAACAGGAGAUACGGUGACAGGAGCUACUGUAACAGGAGCUACUGUAACAGGAGAUAUGGUAACAGGAGAUAUGGUGACAGGAGCUACGGUAACAGGAGAUAUGGUCACAGGACAUACGGUGACAGGAGCUACGGUGACAGGAGCUACGGUGACAGGAGCUACGGUGACAGGAGAUAUGGUGACAGGAGCUACUGUAACAGGAGAUACGGUGACAGGAGCUACGCUACGGUGACAGGAGCUACGCUACGGUGACAGGAGCUACGGUGACAGGAGCUACGCUACUGUGACAGGAGCUACUGUAACAGGAGAUACGGUGACAGGAGCUACGGUAACAGGAGAUAUGGUGACAGGAGCUACUGUAACAGGAGAUAUGGUGACAGGAGAUAUGGUGACAGGAGAUAUGGUGACAGGAGCUACUGUAACAGGAGAUAUGGUGACCGGAGAUAUGGUGACAGGAGAUAUGGUGACAGGAGAUAUGGUGACAGGAGCUACUGUUACAGGAGCUACUGUAACAGGAGAUAUGGUGACAUGAGAUAUGGUGACAGGAGCUACUGUAACAGGAGAUAUGGUGACAGGAGAUAUGGUGACAGGAGCUACUGUAACAGGAGAUAUGGUGACAGGAGAUAUGGUGACAGGAGAUACUGUAACAGGAGAUAUGGUGACAGGAGAUACGGUGACAGGAGAUACAGUGACAGGAGAUAUGGUGACAGGAGCUACUGUAACAGGAGAUAUGGUGACAGGAGAUAUGGUGACAGGAGCUACUGUAACAGGAGAUAUGGUGACAGGAGAUAUGGUGACAGGAGCUACUGUAACAGGAGAUACGGUGACAGGAGAUAUGGUGACAGGAGCUACUGUAACAGGAGAUAUGGUGACAGGACAGGAGCUACUGUAACAGGAGAUAUGGUGGCAGGAGCUACUGUAACAGGAGAUACGGUGACAGGAGAUAUGGUGACAGGAGCUACUGUAACAGGAGAUAUGGUGACAGGACAGGAGCUACUGUAACAGGAGAUAUGGUGGCAGGAGCUACUGUAACAGGAGAUAUGGUGACAAGAGCUACUGUAACAGGAGAUAUGGUGACAGGACAGGAGCUACUGUAACAGGAGAUAUGGUGACAGGACAGGAGCUACUGUAACAGGAGAUAUGGUGACAGGAGCUACUGUAACAGGAGAUAUGGUGUCAGGAGAUAUGGUGACAGGAGCUACUGUAACAGGAGAUAUGGUGUCAGGAAAUAUGGUGACAGGAGCUACUGUAACAGGAGAUACGGUGACAGGACAUAUGGUGACAGGAGAUACGGUGACAGUUGUAGUGAAUAGAAUAAUUCAAUCAGGAUAUUAUGUAGUUCAGAGCAAAGUGCUGAAUGACAACCCAUCUUUAGUAGCCUCGCUUUUUCCCUUUAUCCCUGCCAGUCAUGUAGAGUGAACAUAUCACUUAUCACCUUCGUAUCAAAAUGUUUAAUAGUAUUUUGUUGUGUGGUUACAACAAUGCCAUGUUACAGGGACUGUCUCUGGGCUACAGCUAUAGAACACGCCCUCAUUCUCAGUAACUAUGUAGCUCUCGCACGGCACAUGUUUUCCCAUUUGUAACAACGGUCUAAUCAAACGCUUUAAGAAUUAGGAUUAUGCGCUUCAUCUUCUUUGUUAAUUGUGUAUAUGAGGUACCUGAUGCCUUUAAGGACAGUGACAUGGGGUUAUGUGUCAGUUGAGGGGAUUGCAAUAGGGUCCAGAGGUUCAACGUCAGUUCUCAGAAGUGUAAUUCCUCAACACUAUUAUCAUCCCCCCCCCCAAAAAAAAAGAUAGAUGUUUGUGCUGACAGUGUGUCUGUUAUACUGUAUUCAAAUGAGAAGACUGUGGAUAUACUGUAUCUUAACAGACCAAUUAGAACCACCAUUUCCAGGGUCUCAUGUCCAGAACUCGAUCCACCAUUGCACACUGUUGCCUCGCAAGCACUUCCUGAAGCGUGUAUUCUGUUCUCAGGUCUACUCCUAUCUGAGACAUGUCUUGUUCAUUCAAGUCUUUCUUCGUCCGGAGGUGUCCCACUGUGUGUCUCUGAUGGAUUUCUCUGUGAGAGUGCUUUGUCUGUCUGGGUGCAGUCUCUUGUGUCUCGAUGGCUGGUUUUGGGAGGAAAGACUCUACUGGAGGAUGUUUCAUUGGAACUCAGUCCAUAUCUGUCAUAUUGAGAAGAUGUGACAAUGCAGUUUGUUUCUUUGUAUACUUGAAUGUUUGGGCAUCUCUGGAGCCUCUCUCGUCACUGCCCACAGCGCUGCAAUUUCCCCUCCCAAACCAGUGGAUGAUUAUUAGUGGAAUAUGAAAACAAAAUAAGCUAAAUGUGCCUGAGUUAAUGGAGCAAACUAAACAGUUAAAAAUACAAAUAAACAAAUGUUGUGUACUGGAAUUAAAGGAUUUUAUGUGUACUUGAAUUCUGCUAUUAUGAUAUUGAGUAUAUCGUGUAUUCAUAAGGAUCAUCCACAGUUCAAUGAUUCUCUCUCUCUCGAUCGCUCUCUCUUUUUCUCUCUCUCUCUCGCUCACUCGCUCUCUCUCUCUCUCUCUCUUUCUCUCUCUCUCUCUCGCUCGC